CUAAGGCCCGCGGCAAUCGUGGUCGCGGCCGCUGCGGCGGCGGCGCGAAAACGGCGGGCAUGGUGGGGCGGCCGAAAGAGCUCUCCAUCCACUUUCUUCCUGGAAGCUGCCGGCUAGUGGAGAGUGAAGAAGUUAACAUCCCUAAUAGGCGGGUUCUAGUUACUGGUGCCACUGGGCUUCUGGGCAGAGCUGUAUUCAAGGAAUUUCAGCAGAAUAACUGGCAUGCUGUUGGCUGUGGUUUUCGAAGAGCAAGACCAAAAUUUGAACAAGUUAAUCUAUUGGAUUCUAAUGCGGUUCAUCACAUCGUUCAUGAUUUUCAGCCCCAUGUCAUAGUACAUUGUGCAGCAGAGAGAAGACCAGAUGUUGUAGAAAAUCAGCCAGAUGCUGCUUCUCAACUUAAUGUGGAUGCUUCUGGGAAUUUAGCUAAGGAAGCAGCUGCAGUUGGAGCAUUUCUCAUCUACAUUAGCUCAGAUUAUGUAUUUGAUGGAACAAAUCCACCUUAUAGGGAGGAAGACAUACCAAGUCCUCUAAAUUUGUAUGGCAAAACAAAAUUGGAAGGAGAAAAAGCUGUCCUGGAGAACAAUUUAGGAGCUGCUGUUUUGAGGAUUCCUAUUUUGUACGGAGAAGUUGAGAAGCUUGAAGAAAGUGCUGUGACUGUUAUGUUUGAUAAAGUGCAGUUCAGCAACAAGUCAGCAAACAUGGACCACUGGCAGCAGAGGUUUCCCACACACGUCAAAGAUGUAGCUACUGUGUGUCGGCAGCUAGCAGAGAAGAGGAUGCUGGAUCCGUCGAUUAAGGGAACCUUUCACUGGUCUGGCAAUGAACAAAUGACUAAGUAUGAAAUGGCAUGUGCAAUUGCAGAUGCCUUCAAUCUCCCCAGCAGUCUAAGACCUAUUACUGAUAGCCCUGUCCUAGGAGCACAACGUCCAAGAAAUGCUCAGCUAGAUUGCUCCAAAUUAGAGACCUUGGGCAUUGGCCAGCGAACACCAUUUCGAAUUGGAAUCAAAGAAUCACUUUGGCCUUUUCUCAUUGACAAGAGAUGGAGACAAACAGUCUUUCAUUAGUUUGUUGGCUUUGUUUAUUAUUAUUUUUUAUUUGUAAUGAAAAGUAUAGUAUGUGGCACUUUUUAAAGAAAAAAGGAAAUAGUUUUGUAUGGGUACUCCUUAAUUGUGACUCUUCUGAUCUUUCAGGUAAAUGAUGCUCUUGCACUAGUGAAUCGGUCUAAAGAAAUAAAAGGCAAGGUUGCCUUGUCUGCAGUAAUGAUAUUUCUGUUAUCAUUUUGUUUGUUAUGGCUUAACUUGCAUUUUGAGUAUAAUUAUGAUUCUUAACUAUUUGAGAACCAGGAUGAAACAGAUCUGCUGUAGACUUUUUUUUUUUUGGAUGAGAUGUAUUCAUUCCCAUAGCCUCCAUAUUUUCAGGGUUUUUGCAAUUAUUUACCCUUUUGUGUUGAUUAUUUUAAAGUGUGUGAGAUAAUAUGAAAAUCACUGGUGUUCAUUAUUUUGCUUUGCUUGAGCUCAGAUCAAAAUGUUUGAAGAGAGAAACUUUAUUUUUGCAACGUAACAUACAGUUUUUAUGCUUGAGAUAUUUCAACAUAUUAUGUAUAUUGGAACUUCUACAGCUUGAUGCCUCCCGCUUUUGUAGAAGUAUGCAGUGAACACUUGAGAGAAAGGGUGUGUGUGUACUUGUAUUUUUUUAAUAUAAAAAUAUAACUGUCCUUUUCACUCCAUGUUGCUCAGUGAUGUUUCAUAUGUGUGGUUACUCAUAAUAAUGGGCCUUGUAGUUUUUGACUGUUCAUGAAUAAUAAAUAUAUACUGCUGGCAUGUAAAAAAAA